AAAACCAAUGCAUCUUGGGAGUUGUAAAAAGUUGUAAAAAAACAAAAUGUAAUAAUACUUAAUGAACAAAGUUAAAAAUGGUUGACAGUAUGUUAAUUGAAAUGAAAAGACCGUUUCUUUUUAUUUAUUUAAGUGAUUAUAUAAUUAAUUAACACAAAAUCACAUUAAAACUAUAAAUAAAAACAUAUAAACCCUCCAAAAACUACAAAAUAAAAGACUAAAAGGAACACCUGCUAUUUGGUCAGAACAUUUUCUCUAAGUUACUUUAGGUGAUGUGACCUGGUUAUUGAUUUAUGUAUUUAUUUUUAUGAAAGGGAUUGAGUAAUUUAAAAAAAACAGUAAAACUGUAUUUUACAAUAUAAAAAGGCAGAAAUAAAUAUCUUUCUGUGAGAACGUUUUUUUUUUCGGGGGAAAUGAGGCGAUGCGACUUGGUUUUCACUUCACUUUUUUAAACUGUUCAAUUAUCAAUUAAAAAAACUACAGUAAAACUACGUUUGAAAACCUACAAAAUAUACUUUGAUAACAAUACUAAAUAAAAGCCUUAAAAGGGAUACCUGCUGCUUUUGUCAGAAUGUUUUCAGGCUGGGUAAUUGGGGGGAUUUGACCUGUUCAUUCAUUUUUUAAUUGAAUAUAUUGAUGAUUUAAAAAAAUUACAGUAAAAUUUGUUUUAAAACCUUAAGUAUACUAUAAAGCCUAAAGCCUACUAUCUUUGUCAAAAUCCUUUUCGCAGGUUAAUUGAAGUGAUGGGACUUUUCUAUUUAUUUAUUGGGUUAAGUCAUUGAAAAACAUUACAGUUACUGUUUAGCAUAUGGCUAUUUUGAUUCAAGCAAACAAAUAAACAAAACAAACAAACAAAAGAAAGUCAGACAGAAGUACUUGGUGACGGUUUUGUGAUUAAUUGCUGUUUGUUUGGUGUCAAUAAUGGUUGGAUUUAGAGUAUUUAUGGCUCCAAAUUAAAAAGUAAAAAUAAAAAAAUACAUGCCUAAAAAGUAGCUGCGUAACUAAAUAUUCAUAACACACGAUUGAACACAAAAAUUGAAAUAAAAAAUUAGUUUAAAAAAGGAUAUUAUGGAUGAAACUAACAGGUUUUGCCUAUUUGACUGUCAUAGACACACAGAAUAAAACUUUGGUUAACGCAUAAAUGACGUUAACUGGUUUAGCUUUAGCUUAGCUCGGUCAGCUGUCCCUGAGUCUGAUCUGCCGGCUGAUCUGGGCGGCACGCGGGCACUUGCAGCACGCGGGGGAGCAUUUGCAGCACGCGGAGGGCAUUGCGGCGCGCGGGGAGCAUUUCCGCCAGCGCGCACAGGUGACACAGGUGAAGAUGACGGGGCGGACGGACACGGACAUCCCCGAAACAGGAGCCAUCUUCACCUUUGGAAGGAGCAGCUUUGCAGACAAUCUGCCCAGUAGGUUCUGGCUGAAGAACGAUUAUCCAGCACGUGUGAGCUGCGGCAGAGAGCACAGUGCUGUCAUCACAGGAAAAGGGAAGUUGCUUUUUUUUGGAUGUAAUUCUUCUGGUCAGCUGGGGCUAAAUUUAAAACCGGAUGUAAAGAAACCAGCCUCCCUCAAAGCCUUCAGGUCAGAAAAAGUGAGGGUUGUGGCUUGCGGGAGAGAUCACACAAUCGUCUGCACAUCUGAGGACAGAGUGUAUUAUGCUGGUCGUAACCAAAAGGCUCAGCUUGGUCAGUGUCGCAGCCCAAAAACAGGAUCCUUUCUGCAGCUGCAUCCCUUCUGCCAGCGAGCGCGGGUUACAAUGCUGUCUGCAGGCUGCAGCACCUCGGCUGCGCUGACAGACGACGGGAGGCUGUUCAUGUGGGGGGACAACUCCGCGGGCCAGAUCGGCCUAGGAGACGAGUUAUUUACAGCAGAACCCAGAGAGGUCGGUGUCGGAGAAGCGGUCAAAUGGGUCUCCUGUGGGAACAGCCACUCUGCUUUUGUCACAGUGGCUGGUGAUCUUUACACAUUUGGAGAGAGUGCAAACGGGAGGCUGGGCCUGCAGGUGGAACAGCUGGACAAUCACAGAGUCCCCCAGAGGGUGCAGGGCGUUUUGGGUCAUGUGACUCAGGUGUGCUGUGGAGGCCAACACACGGUGGUUCUUACAGGAGAGGACGUGUUCACGUUCGGCGGCGGUCGGUACGGUCAGCUGGGCCACGGAACAUUUCUGUUUGAAGCUCCUUGGCCAAAACCCCUGCAACACUUUCAUAAGUGCAGCGUCAGGCAGAUCGCCUGUGGAGAGAAUCACACCGCCGUGAUCACAAAUGGCGGGCUGUUGUACACGUUUGGUGAUGGUCGUCAUGGAAAACUGGGUUUAACGGAGGAGAACUUUGUCAACCAGUUCAGCCCAACUCUGUGCACACAGUUCCUCAAGUUCCACGUUCAGUCGGUGUCCUGCGGCGACCACCACAUGCUGGUUUUGGCAGCUCCCAGACCAGCGAGAGCCCACGAAGUUCUGGGGAAGGAUUUCAAAUCGAUGGAGAACUUCCUGUUGUCGAGUUGUGCAGAAAUUCCCUUGAAAGAGCAGCUGAUCAGUCUGUCUCCAGUGUUUCCAUUGUCGGCUUUAGCUGCUCGAGCACGCCACAGAGAGAAAAAACUUUCUCAGGAGAUGCUCGGAGACAUGUUUCUCAAACUCCCUCGUCUUGAUUCAGACUUCCUGAACAGUUCCUGGAAAAUAUCUCGAAAUAUCCAAACUCUAAAGGAUAUGGUUAAACCCCCAUCAUCCUCCAUGCUGAAGUCAGGAGAAAGCCCGCUUCUAUCCCCCAGAUCUCAGUCCGUAUCCCCUUUGAGUCCAGCUUUAUCCUCAAAGCCAUCCAGUUCUCGAUCUGUGUCAUCAAGUCGGAGUAAAGCUUCUGCCUCUGGCUGCUUAACGUCUAAACCCGCACAGUUGCCUUCUUCUUUACUUUCACCUAAAUCCAUCAAAUGUACUCCCAAGAAGGCAGUACCUAGUGAAAAGAGGGCUCAAACGAGGGCCAAGAAAGCAGCAAGCUCCCAAAAGGCCCUAAGCGGCAAACUGUUCUAUCCUUUACCACCUAAAGAGCCCAGCAGACCCACGCGGCAGACUUUUGAUGAAAACAUCAGCGAGAAAGAGGAUUCUGCCUCAAUGCAAGCUGAGGGAGAGGCUUUGCACAGACGAGCCACUCAGGAUGUGCAAAAACGAGGUGACUUUUCCCCAAACACGGUAGACCAAAAGGACAGAUCUCACGGACGAGUUUCAAAGGGGAAACAAGUGUUCUAUUUUGAUGAGAAACAGGAUCCAUACGGCCAAAAAGCCUCAACAACAGAUCCUCUGUCCAGCUCUAUGAAGAAAGAAGCAACAAAGACGAGGACAAGGAAGCACAGAUUCCUGUCCAACCAAGAGAACAUCCACAAGAAGACAAUAAAAACCAAAAAAAGGCUCUCAAGUUUGGGAACAGCAAACCACGGAAAGAGAAGCGAGCUCCUUUGGUAUCCAGAGGUCCAGAAGGCAGUGACUGAAGGGAAAGAGGAUAUGGAUGCCAACAAGGAAGAGGUAAAGGAGAAAAUUUCCUCAUCAACCCUGAAGCUCCCACGCAGGAAUGAAGUUAACACUUAUGCUCUCACUGAUCAAACAUCCUGGAACAAUAUGGUGGAAUCAGGUGUGAAGAUGCAACAGGAGACCGGAGUGGACUUAACACCGACAAAGCAAAAGCGCAUGGUCAAAGCUGCACCGGCGAAAAGUCGCAGCUCUAAACUGGAGCCAGAAAAACAGCCGUCCUGUGGUAAACAGCGGGCUGAAGUUCAUACUAAGGAAGUCAUGUCUGGGAAGCGUGAAGGACAAUGUCAGGAGCCAAAGGCUAAGCCAGACAGUAAAAGCUCAACCAAAAGCGUAAAAAAAGCAGCUCGAGAAAUCAAAGUGCAGUCGGCAAAUAAGCGGACGCUACCUAAAGGGAAGGAAGAUGAAGAAUCUGAAGGUAAAGCGAGACUCGGCACUAAACCAGGAGAACCUAAGGUCGUCAGUCCAGGCUUAGAAGAUAAGAAGAAAAAGAAGACUAAAGCGUCGCAUCAUGACGGGUUUUCCUCACAAAGCCCUAAAAGAACAGAGGUGCUUUCUGUCAGCGGGGACAAAUCCCCUCAAAGCCCUCAUCCUGCAGGUGCCGAGUCGCUCCCGGAUGAGGUGGACCGAAAAGAGGCUCAGAUUCUGAAGGAGCAGAAAUCGGGAUGGGAAGAGCAUUUUCAAGAUGCUGCGUCGCUUCUUCCCGCCAUGGGGAUGGCCGGCGCCGCUGCAGGGUUCCUCAGCGAGGCCAUGACCAAUGUGGUAAGUUUCCAUUCAGACAGUGACAAAGACACCCCCUCCCUGCCCAAAACGCCGCUCGGAGCCAAACGGUUCACAAGGCAGCAGGAAGUUCAGUCCAUCUCCUCCUCAGCCACACAUGUGAGCUCUAACAAAAUGGAGGAGAGCGGGACAGAAGAUGCUCCUGUGAGCUCUCUCAUAGGAGACGGUCAGGAGAAAGAAGAUGAAGAUGCUCCAGAAAGUUUAAGAAGUGAGGAUGAGGAUGGCAAAACCGCUGAGGAGAAGGAAAAGAACUCUGCAACAGAUGCUGACAAGAAACGAAGGCAGACGGAGAACAGGGAGGGAGGUGACACGAGGAGCUCCACAGAGGCUGAAGAAGAGGGUAACCUUCGGCAGGAUGAAGAGGAGCAGAAUGUGGGAAAGGAGGAAGAAGAUUGGAAGGAGAAAUCAAGCUCCAACGCUGAUGAGGAAGAUGCUGGAAGUGAUCCAUCAGAAAGAGAGGAAGAAGAGAGCAGUAGGGAAAACAGAAAGACUCACUCGGAGGUAAGUGAAGGAGCAGAGGAGGAAGAGGAGUCUGAAGCUGAAGAGUUGAGUGAUGAAGGGCAGGAAGAGGAGGAGGUAGGAGGUGAUGUGAGUGAAGAUGAAAAGGAGAGUUCAGCCAGCAAGAGUGAAGAGGAAGAGGAAGAGGAAGGUGACACUGGUGGAUCCACUGAAAGUGAGGAAGAAAGUGAUCUUAGUGAGGAAGAGGAGGAAAGUGAGGAACAAAAAGGUGAUGACUCCUCUGACAGUCAGAUGCAUGAAAUGGAGUCAGCAGAGGAGAGUGCAAGAGAGGAAGAUGACGAGGAAGAGAUUCGCUCAGCUGAAGAAGAGGCAGAGCAAACCAGUGACACGGAAAAUGAAGAAGAAGCUUCCAUAGAUGAUGAAGCAACUGAUGACAAAGAGGAAGAAGAGGAAGAUGAAGAAUACACCGGGGAGGAGGAAGAAGAAGAAAGUACAAUCGAUAAGGAAGAAGAGACCGAUGAGGAAGAUGAGGGAAGGGAAGAAGAGGAACCUACUGGUACCGAAGAAGAGGAGGAGGAGGAGGAAAUGGAUAGUCUGGAGGAAGACGGUAAAAUCAAACAAACUGAAAGUGAGGAAGAGACAGAUGAAGAACACGACAAAGAGGGAGAGUCAGAUAAAGAAGGUAUGGAGAGUGAAGAAGAGGAAGGAGAAGAGGAAGAAGAUGAAAGUGUAGAAGAGGAGGAGGAAGAUGAAGAGGAGGAGGAAGAAAAUGAAGAGGAGGGUGAAGAAGUUGGAAAAGAGGAGGAGGGAGAAGAGGAAGAAGAGGAGGAAGAAGUUGAGAAUGAAGAUGAACAGGACGAGGAAGAAGAAAAUGAAGAGGAGGGUGAAGAAGUUGGAAAGGAGGAGGAGGGAGAAGAGGAAGAAGUUGAGAAUGAAGAGGAGGAGGAGGAAGAAAAUGAAGAGGAGGGUGAAGAAGUUAGAAAUGAAGAUGAAGAGGAGGAGGAGGGGGAAGAAGUUGGAAAUGAAGAGGAGGAGGAGGAAGUGAAUGAAGAGGAGGGUGAAGAAGUUGAAAAGGAGGAGGAGGGAGAAGAGGAAGAAGUUGAGAAUGAAGAUGAAGAGGAGGAGGGUGAAGAAGUUGGAGAUGAAGAGGAGGAGGAGGGGGAAGAAGUUGGAAAUGAAGAGGAGCAGGAGGGGGAAGAAGUUGAAGAGGAGGGUGAAGAAGUUGAAAAGGAGGAGGAGGGAGAAGAGGAAGAAGUUGAGAAUGAAGAUGAAGAAGAGGAGGGUGAAGAAGUUGGAAAUGAAGAUGAAGAGGAGGAAGUGAAUGAAGAGGAAGAGGAGGGAGAAGAUGAAGAAGAGGAGGGUGAAGAAGUUGGAAAUGAAGAGGAGGAGGAAGGAAGACAAGAAAAUGAAGAAGAGGAAGGAGUAGAAUUAGAAGAGGAGGAGAAAGAGGAAGAUGAAGUAGCAAAAACAGGAAAAGAUGAAGCACAGAAGCCUUCUUCUUCAUCGGACAGAAAAGCCAAACGGGAAGAAGCGCCCACGCCAGCGCCGAGGACGAAGCAGACGGCAGUGAAGAAGAAACAGGAAGACCCCCAGCAGUUCUGGAACGAUGUUCUGCCUCAAUACCUGGACAUUCAGUGAGGGCAACUUCCUGUGACAUCACAGCGAGGACGCCAUUAGUCACGUGGGAGGGGAUCAGAUGGAUGGACUCCAUACUGAGGCCCAAGCAGCAAUAUUUGCACUUUAGCUUCACUUGAUAUUCUUAAAGAUCUCAGGUCAGUCCAACCACAGUUUGUGACAUUUGUAGAUAGAAUAAUUAUAUUUGUGAGCCUUUCAUGUCACUGAAGUUCAAAGGAUUUGAAAAUAAACGUAUAUUUUGAAAGAUAAAA